GGGAAGGGGCGGGCGCAGGCUGGCGCGAAGAAGUGCUGGGCAACAUGCUUCAGGAAGGCGCCCACGGGCGGUGGACUGUGUCCAGCAGUGAGGACAGCACUGAGGAGAAUUCUGACAGUGAAAAGCCGUCGACGUCCUCGCUGCUGAGUGCCCCACGCAGUGAAGCCAGCGGGCCGCAGUACCCCUGCUCUGAGGCCAGGAAGGUCGCUCACAAGAGGAAGGCUUCUCCACUGAGGUUUAGUGACACACAUCUCCCUGCACAAACACCUCCUGCAGAAAAGCAGAGGCCCGGCCAGGAGGGCUUGGGAUGGUGCCUUUCUAGUAGCGAUGAAGAGCCUGAAGACCGAGAGAAGCACACCCGCAAGGAAACACUGAAAGAAGAAAAGUGUGAUGCACCCAGAGAGCAACCUCAGAGUCAUUGCAAAGAUGAACAUUCAAAGAAUGAAAAAGCAGAGGACUAUAACGAAGUGCUUGGCGAACCCCAAGAUACCUGGGAUUUGCUGAGUGGAGGGAACCCCUUUGGGUUUUUUCUCACUAAAGUCAGGGGAAUUGAGCAGAGCUAUAAUUCGGGAGCCCUGCACAUAAAAGAUAUUUUGUCUCCUCUUUUUGGGACCCUUGUGUCUUCUGCUCAGUUUAACUACUGUAUAGAUGUGGCAUGGCUUGUGAGACAGUAUCCACAGGAAUACAGGAAGAAGCCAUUGCUGAUAGUUCAUGGUGAAAAGAGAGAAUCCAAAGCUGAACUGCUUGCACAAGCACGCCCUUUUGAGAACAUUAGCUUCUGUCAGGCCAAACUGGAUAUUGCAUUUGGAACUCACCAUACGAAAAUGAUGUUGUUAUUAUAUGAAGAAGGUCUUCGAGUUGUGAUACAUACAUCCAAUCUUAUUGCUGAAGACUGGCACCAGAAAACUCAGGGAAUAUGGCUAAGCCCUUUAUAUCCAAGGCUACCUCAGGGAUCAUCUGAUUCUGCUGGUGAAUCUGAAACUAAUUUUAAAUCUGACCUAAUAAGUUACUUGAUGGCUUACAGUUCUCCUGUGCUCAAGGAAUGGAUAGAUCUGAUUCGAGAACAUGAUUUAUCAGAGACAAGAGUAUAUCUGCUUGGUUCUACUCCUGGACGAUAUCAAGGUAUUGAUAAAGAGAAGUGGGGUCAUCUUAAGCUCAGAAAGCUUUUGAAAGACCAUGCUUCAUCAAUACCAGCACAGGAGUCUUGGCCUGUUGUGGGACAGUUCUCAAGCAUUGGUUCACUGGGAGCUGAUGGGUCCAAAUGGCUGUGCUCAGAGUUCCAGGAGAGCCUGGUGGCUGCAGGCAGUGGUGUGGCAGCUCUUCUUAAAUGUGAUGUUCCGAUUCAUUUGGUUUAUCCUACUGUGAGCAAUGUGAGGCAAAGUCUGGAAGGCUAUCCUGCUGGUGGUUCCCUUCCAUACAGCAUACAGACCGCACAGAAACAGCUGUGGUUGCAUUCCUAUUUUCACAAAUGGUCAGCAGAAGUCUCAGGACGAAGUCAUGCCAUGCCUCACAUCAAGACAUACAUGAGACCCUCUCAUGAUUUCCAGAAGAUUGCAUGGUUUUUAGUUACAAGUGCCAAUCUAUCUAAAGCAGCAUGGGGAGCUCUGGAGAAAAAUGGCACCCAACUGAUGAUCCGUUCAUAUGAACUUGGAGUCCUUUUCUUGCCUUCAGCAUUUGGUUUGGACAAAGGUUACUUUCAUGUGAAGGGAAACAUGCCUUCAGAAGGUAAAGAUUCAGCAACAUCUUUUCCUGUACCUUUUGACCUGCCUCCAGAACGGUAUGGAAGCAAAGGCUAUUAUUCAGAAGUGGGUAAGUAAGCAACUGUGAAGUGGCUUCAAAAAAGGACUAGUUGUUCUUGAGAAGGGCUCUUGAGGAAUCCCUUGUAAGGACUAUCACAUCCCGACUCUGCCUCACAUCCUCUAUACCAAGAGGUAAUGUUCAAAUGAAAAUACCUGCUGUAGCUCUAAGUACAAAUGAAAGAUUAUCUUCCCUAAGUCUAAAAUAUGAUUAUCCUUCCAUUUUAGUAACUGAUUUAAAAAAGAUGGAUGAUGUAGUCACGUUUCUCAUUUCUGAAAAUCUUUUUAUACAGCCAGGUUGUCAUAUUACUGCUAAGCAUCUGCUCUGAGAGAGAUACAAAUAGACAGGUAAAGGCAAGAAGUGACAUCACAUUCAGUAGGACUCCCUCAGAGAUGCAGUCUCCUUCAAACUCUUAGCAGUGCAACAGGCGUAUUGAGAUGUUUAGCCUACUAUAUGCCAGUGUCACAUCUUUAUGAAGGCUUUCUUUGGUUUCAGAUUAUUUUUCUUGUUAAUGUCAAGGUUAUGAAGUUUCAAAAGAGGUUUUGCUCAGCCUCAGAUGUAACGGAGGGAGCACUAUUUGCUUUGCUUCCCUUCAUUACAUAUAAAAAUUAUGUUACUAUUAUAUUACUUCAUUACAUAUAAAAAUUGCAUGGCAGUAAACUGCAGCUCUUGUACAGCUCCUCCAAAGAUAAGCAGUGCAUUUUAGUUAAGCUUAUAACUUCUGAAUGUGAUGCUUAGUUAAAAAAUAUUGAUGCUAUCAGUGAGAUACAGAAACCAAAUCUCUGUCUGAGUCUUAUCAUUUAACAUUAUCAACAGACCAAGGAAAUACAUUGGGUUCUUUUUUUUUUUGCUUGUUUUUUCUCCUACUAUUUACAAUUGUACUAAGCCUCACUCCACCAAUUGUUUUUAUCUCUAAAAGCCUGCACAGGUAAACACAAUGAAACUGUGCUGGUGGUGCUGAGGUGUAAGGCAAAUGUAGCACAUUUCCUGAUAGUGAAGUUAAUCACUUCAGUCUCUCAGCACGUUAAUUUGGUAAGUAAAAGAAGAAAAGGGGCUGAAAACAAUAAAUGGUGUCAUACCUGUGGUAUCUGUCAUCCAUCUUUUCAUUUUCCACUUCAGGGUUCCAGUCCUGAAGCCCCAUAUUUGCUCAGUCCCCAAGCAGGAAGAAGAAAAUCCUUUACAGAGCUGCUCUCUCAGGAGAUUAAAUCACCACACAACCUUUGUAGUGCUUUAAUUUGGUGAAGGUUUAACACAUUUUUGUUAAUUUGACAAAACUUGCGAUUUUUGAUGCCCAAUGACAGUAGUACACAGUUGGCUUAGUCUGGUGUUGAGUCUUCCUCUUUUUCAGCUGUUCAAUGUCUUCUAGAAUCACUACUAAUUUUAACUGCCAUAUGCCAGCAUGCUCUGAAGAAGCACGAAGAAGAAUGAAGAGGAGAAAAAAAAACAACAACCCCGCAAUAUAAUGUGCUACGUGUCACCCAUGAGCAACAGCACACAGGAAAAACAAAGAGGAAGUUUGGAUCUCCCUCAUCCCCAGCUGUUGCUGUGCUGUGCAGUGUGGCUCCUCUCUCGAAAACCAGGACGUGGGCCUAAGGUGCAGACACACCCCAGGCCCUGAGACAGAUGGCAGCUUACACUGGGUGUGCCACAGCCUGUUGUUAAGGGAGUUGUGUAACCACUCACAUCUGAGUUCCUAUUGCACUUGUGCUGCAACGUAAUUAGUGGGGAAAGGGGGGCAAAGAAUGACACUGUUGUAGUAAUAUGUCACUAAUCUACUUCCUAAAAUAAAAUACAUGCACCUUGCCUUUCAA